GGCCGAGCCGGGGACGCCUUGGAAGCGCGGAAAGAGCUCCCUCCGGCCCCCGUGCGGGCCGCGCGGACGGGCUCGGAUGUUGUCGCUGUGAUCCGGGUGGGGCAGGAGCGGCGGCGGGGGGCAGCGGCGGCAGCAGGAGGUGGGCCAGGCCGGGUCGGGUCGCGUCGGGCCGGCAGGGAGGAUGAAGCGGCGGAGCGCCGACUGCAGCAAACUCCGGCGGCCGCUCAAGCGGAACCGCAUCACCGAGGGGAUCUACGGCAGUACCUUUCUGUACCUGAAAUUCCUGGUAGUUUGGGCUCUUGUAUUGCUGGCAGAUUUUGUUUUGGAAUUCAGAUUUGAAUAUCUUUGGCCAUUCUGGCUUUUCAUCAGGAGUGUUUAUGAUUCGUUCAGAUACCAGGGAUUGGCCUUUUCAGUAUUUUUUGUCUGUGUUGCAUUCACAUCAAAUAUCAUAUGUCUGCUCUUCAUACCAAUACAGUGGUUAUUUUUUGCUGCCAGUACGUAUGUUUGGGUACAGUAUGUCUGGCACACAGAGAGGGGAGUAUGUUUACCAACAGUAUCGCUUUGGAUACUGUUUGUUUAUAUUGAAGCAGCAAUUAGAUUUAAAGAUCUUAAAAACUUUCAUGUAGACCUUUGUCGACCUUUUGCUGCACACUGUAUUGGGUAUCCUGUUGUAACUUUGGGCUUUGGCUUCAAAAGUUAUGUCAGUUAUAAAAUGCGAUUAAGAAAACAGAAGGAAGUACAGAAAGAGAAUGAAUUUUACAUGCAACUUCUUCAGCAAGCUUUACCCCCAGAACAACAGAUGCUACAAAGGCAAGAGAGAGAAGCGGAGGAAGCAGCAAAAGGAUUAUCUGAUAUGGAUUCCUCAAUACUUUUGCAACACAAUGGAGGUAUUCCUGCCAAUAAAAAGUUAUCUACAACAUUACCAGAACUAGAAUAUAGAGAAAAAGGGAAAGAGAAAGACAAGGAUGCCAAAAAACAUAACCUUGGAAUAAAUAACAAUAUUUUGCAACCUGUGGACUCUAAAAUACAGGAAAUUGAAUAUAUGGAGAACCAUAUCAAUAGUAAAAGAUUAAAUAAUGAUCUUGUGGGAAGUACAGAAAACCUCUUGAAAGAGGACUCAUGCACUGCCUCAUCUAAAAAUUACAAAAAUGCAAGCGGAGUUGUGAACUCCUCACCUCGCAGCCACAGUGCAACUAAUGGGAGCAUCCCUUCUUCAUCUGCUAAGAAUGAGAAAAAACAGAAAUGCGCUAGCAAGAGUCCAAGCACACAUAAAGACUUAAUGGAAAAUUGUAUUCCCAAUAACCAGCUAAGCAAACCAGAUGCACUGGUAAGGUUGGAGCAAGAUAUUAAGAAGUUAAAGGCCGACCUCCAGGCGAGUAGGCAGAUUGAACAAGAGCUGCGUAGCCAGAUCAGUUCUCUGACCAGCACAGAGCGGGGAAUUCGGUCUGAAAUUGGACAGCUCAGACAGGAAAACGAGCUGCUUCAGAAUAAACUACAUAAUGCUGUACAAAUGAAACAAAAAGAUAAGCAGACUAUUGGCCAAUUGGAGAAAAAACUAAAAGCAGAGCAAGAAGCACGAACCUUUGUAGAAAAGCAGUUGAUGGAAGAAAAAAAAAGAAAGAAGUUGGAAGAAGCAACCGCUGCACGAGCUGUCGCGUUUGCUGCUGCUACCAGAGGAGAAUGCACUGAAACUCUACGAAAUCGCAUCAGAGACCUGGAGACAGAGUGCAAGAAACUGACGAUUGACAUAAAGCUGAAAGAAGACCAGAUACGAGAUCUAGAAAUGAAAGUUCAGGAACUGCGGAAAUACAAAGAGAAUGAAAAGGAAACAGAGGUGUUAAUGUCCGCACUUUCAGCCAUGCAGGAUAAGACACAGCACUUAGAGAACAGCUUGAGUGCAGAGACGAGGAUCAAGUUGGACCUGUUCUCUGCAUUAGGAGAUGCAAAGAGACAACUCGAGAUAGCCCAAGGGCAAAUAAUUCAGAAAGAUCAGGAAAUCAAGGACCUAAAACAGAAGAUAGCAGAAGUUAUGGCAGUCAUGCCCAGCAUAACGUACACUGCGGCCACCAGCACGCUGAGUCCUGUUUCCCCACAUUACUCUUCCAAAUUUGUGGAGACCAGCCCUUCUGGACUCGAUCCGAAUGCCUCAGUUUAUCAACCCCUGAAGAAGUAAAUGCCAACUUCCGAUUUGUUACACAGAAGGCAUCACACAGAAAAAUCUCUUGCAGUCAAGAUGAAAUUUGUAUUGUGUGAGACUGUACUGAUUUAUUGUUUAAAAAAUGAAAAUAAAAAGAAGGAAGUGGGGGAAAGAACCCCAACACUGAGAUUUGGCUAGAACUGCCCAUCAGUUUUUUCUUGUAAAUUUUUAGAAAACCUCACAGAACUUUAAGGUUUUUUUCUUGGCCAAUGCAUUAAGGGAAAAAGAACCCAUAAUUCUUGAUUUUCAUGUAGCAAAUUCUGCCUCUCUCCUUUUUAAAAUAUUCUCUCUCUCUCUCUCUCUCUCUCUCUCUCUCUCUCUCUCUCUCUCUCUCUCUCUCUCUCGGUUUCCUCUUGAAAAGGUAGAACUAACUUGGAGCUCUGCUUGAUUCUAAACCCUUUCUUUCAUUUUUUAAAAAUAUAAUGAAGCUAAAAUAGCAAAUUAAAAAUUGCAAGAAAUAAUGAUGGAAAUUCUUUUUUUUUUUUUUAGAAUGAAAGGGUUUACAUUCAAACAAAGCUUUGAUAACAUCAGUGUGCCAUGAAGUGGGGAGGAAGAGAUCAAGAAAUCAAUUGGCUUACCCCUCUAAGGACCAAACAUAUUUCAGGGGGCAUCGGUUUUAACAGAAGGCAUGAGAAAUGCAGGAUGCAUAGACAAUAAUGUACCCUUGGUGGUUGCGUGAGGUAUUUAGGUUCCCAUCAGUGCAUGUAGUCACGCGAGGACUGCUCAUAGACUUGUUCAACAGUGCCUUGGGAAAAGAGGUCUUUCAAGAGGAAACUUGACAGUUUUAAGAAUGUUCUCCCCUUUUGCUCUCAUCUAACAGCCUUUUCCAACCUGGUGCCCCCCCCCCAGAUGUGUGGGGCUACAAUCCCCAUCUUCUCAGCAGCAUUUCCAGUGGGGGUGAUGGGGGUCCUGCCUCAAUACAUCUGGAGGCCACUAGGCUAGGGAAGCUUGUAACUCCGAGCUCAUAUUACAGAGUCUACUGCUGAUCGUACAUGGUAAUUUGGAUGCCCGUUGCAGUCCAUGGUUUUGUUUGUUUGUUUUGGGUAAAAAUCCAACAGUGUUCACUGAGGAGGAUAGGCUGUGGAGGGAUCAGUAGUGACAGAGGGAGUUCUGGUGAAGGCGGAACUGUGCAAUGUACUGAAUACAAGAGGCUGUCAAGCCAGCUCAUAAACGUGGCAGUCUGAGAGGUUUUUGGUUUUUUAACUCAACUGCAGUUACUCUUUAUAUCCUCUUGUGUUUGACAAUUUAAUUUCAGUGGGGCUGACUAAAUCUCAGCCGGUGUGCCAAGGAGUUUUUAAAAAGAGUUUUAAAAAAGAAACUCGGGAAAUUGCACAAAGAUUUAAGUUUCAGUGUAUAUUGUGCAUUGGUAGGAAAGUGUGUUGCACUGGCGACUUUUGAAGUGUUUAAGGUUUGGGUGUGGGUGGGAAGGGCAGUGGGGCAGGGAUACAAAAUUGUAUUAGUAACUAGCAAAAUUAUAAAAUCAAACCAUUAUGAUUUUGUAAACAUGCAGUGGACUCUGGAAGGACAAGGUUCUUCUUUAAAAAACAACAUUUUUUAAAGUUUCAUAUGAAUUGGCAAGUAUGCCUUGUUUAAAAAAAAUUAAGUAGGACAAGCAAGUCAAUAAAAAUAGGAGUAUUAAAGAUCCAUCAUUUUAAAUCAGAGAUUCUUUUGAGAAAAAUCUUCUAGCUUUAGCCAGGUGUGCAUGUUGCCGUCAUUUUGCAUUUUUGAAUCAUCUUGUGUAAUUGUCACCAUGAAAGUGUUACUCAGAAAUGUCAUAGGUUUUCAUCUUUGUGCAAAACAUGGACUAUUGUCACUGACUUUUGUUUUGUGUUGAGGCUCCCCCAUUUUUUUAUUUUUAUUUUUUAUUAUUUUUAUUUUUGCUGCCUUUUGGGCACUACUUUCAUUGAAAUUCUCGGUCUUGGCUGCAUUCUUUUUUUUUCUGUGGGGUUUACAAAAAAAUAAACAUUUUCUUGCAGAUGAA